AUGAGGUCCAUUGGCUCGGCUGUUGUUUUCUUAAUGGUAACCAUAACAGCGGGAGCAUCGGUGGACACUAGCGAUUUUCAAACGUGCUAUAGAAUCGACGGCGCGGUCCUUCCGAACGCCAUCAGAUGUGAUAACAAUUCGACAGGCCACUCAGCUUGCUGUAGCGCAGGAGAGGUCUGCUGGUCUAAUGGCGUUUGUCGCGGCACAACUCAAGGUGUCAAAGAUUGGUUACGAGAAGGGUGUACCGACCAUACGUGGAGUGACACGGCCUGUUUCCAGGUCUGUCCAUGGUCCGUGGGUGAGGUAGCAAUAGGAGUACGACCAUGUGGCGGUAUCGAUAAAAGUAAUGAAUACUGCUGCGACGACGGAUCAACCGGCGUGGGAUCGUUUGCUUGCUGUAGCGACGAGUCGAAUAUCUUUGCAUACGAGAAUAUCACUACGUUGCCGACCAUACUGGCUACUAUUCCAUUUGACGACGUACCGACUACUGCAGUUGAAUCGACUUUGUCCACCACAUCAACCGCUAGUACGACAAGCGAUACGUUAACAGGGCCGUUCAUAGUCGAACCGACCAGUUCAAUACCAAUCCAAGUUACGGAUUCCGGCACGGUUCCCACAGAAAGUGGAAGCGCGUCUACCGACACCAACAUCUCGACCGCACUGGGCGCAGGGUUAGGCGUGGGGUUACCCGUAGCGGCCGCUAUCAUCGGGGGGAUCUGGUUUAUGAUCUGGCGUUCCAAGCGAAAAGACUCUAGGGGGCAAGAACAGGAAAAGGAGCCGCAGCUGAACGCCCCGAAUUUUCUUCUAGUUCCCGGAGAUAAUACGCCAAAGACACCUGUUGCUUCCCCCACCUCGUUAGGAUCAUACGGCUUAGGCGUAACAGGUAGCUUCCGUGAAGCGAACCCCCAUGAGUUGCCGUCGAACUAUUAUGGCAGGGAGCUUCCUGCCUAA